CUCUUGCUAUUUGGCUUUGUACAUCCCCUCCGACUCGUUACGGGUUAAGCGGUGCGGAUCGUGAUUUCCUUUUUUGACAAAUAAUGCUUAAAUGGGGUUGUUCUAGAUUAACACCAUUUCCUUGUAACCAUACUCACAAUCACUUUCUUCUACCAAUUUCUUUCAUUUCUAGCCCUUCUCUUCCCAUUAGGCUGACCAGAACUAUUACCAGUAACCAAAAUAGCAACUAUAUUCCUUUAUUAUCAUACACUGACAGAUUAGCAGUAAGAGCUCACUCUGUAUCAUCAACAUCACCAGCACCAACAAUGGUUAAAGCCAUUAGAGUUCAUCAACUUGGUGGCCCUGAGGUCCUUAAAUGGGAGGAUGUUGAAAUGGGAGAACCAAAGGAUGGAGAGAUCAGGGUGAAAAAUAAGGCCAUUGGUCUCAACUUCAUUGACGUAUAUUUCCGAAAAGGGGUUUACAAAGCUCCUGCAUUUCCUUUUACACCAGGUAUGGAGGCCGUAGGGGUUGUAACAGCUGUUGGUCCCGGAUUGACUGGGAGGAAAGUUGGAGAUAUUGUUGCAUAUGCUGGCAGUCCAAUGGGUUCAUAUGCUGAGGAACAGAUCCUUCCUGCUGAUAGAGUUGUGCCUGUUCCUCCCUCUAUUGACCCUAUUGUUGCAGCAUCCAUACUUCUCAAGGGCAUGACUGCUCAGUUCCUACUGCGCCGCUGCUUCAAAGUUGAACAUGGGCACACAGUACUUAUUCAUGCUGCAGCCGGUGGAGUUGGGUCCCUAUUGUGCCAAUGGGCAAAUGCCCUUGGUGCUACAGUCAUUGGGACUGUAUCAACUAAAGAGAAGGCAGCCCAAGCAAAAGAUGACGGCUGUCAUCAUGUCAUAAUCUAUAAGGAAGAGGAUUUUGUUACUCGGGUCAAUGAGAUCACUUCUGGCCAAGGAGUUGAAGUUGUCUAUGAUUCUGUUGGGAAAGAUACCUUUCAGGGAUCAUUAGACUGCUUAAAAACUCGUGGAUACAUGGUGAGUUUCGGGCAGUCAUCUGGCUCACCAGAUGCGGUACCUUUAUCAGCUCUUGCAGUGAAAUCGCUAUUUCUGACGAGGCCUACCAUGAUGCAUUACACAAUAAUGAGGGAUGACCUACUGGAAACUGCUGGAGAGGUAUUUGCAAAUGCUGCAUCAGGUGUCUUACGUGUCCGUGUCAAUCAUACUUAUCCAUUGUCUCAGGCGGCACAAGCACAUGCUGACCUUGAGAGCAGGAAAACUUCUGGAUCAGUUGUGCUGAUUCCAGAUGGUGCUCACUAGUAGUCUACUGCCAACGUGAAAGGUCGUACAUACGGAGUUGAAGUUUAAGCUGAACCAUAAUAAAUGCUUAUGUACAUUCUUUGUUGAUCUUCACUUCUCAUUGUGUUGCAAUAGUGAGUUGUAUUUGCCCAGUGUUGUAUUGUGAUGCUGUUUUCAAUUUCCAGCAGUGGAAGUGAAUAAGCAUCCGAUAUUAGUUCCUUCAGGUUCUUCCUAGCUCAUUCUGAGAGUGAUAGCUGAUGUAGGCUCAUAAUUGUCGGAGAAUCUUAGUCUCUGUGUGUGAUUGUGUGUCAUUAAAUUACAUAAUUGCAGGUGGAAUGAUUUAAUGUCAUUAACAAAUAGUUCUACUGA